ACAGCCCUCAAGUGGUAGAGGAGGACAUUAAAAAUGCGCUGGAUUCUCUUAUUAUCUGGAAUUCUUAACAUGGGCAUUCCUUUAGUGUCUGGGCAGGCAGCUUCAAGAGAUGGAGAGAUAAUAAAACAGAUUAAGGGCACAAACCAGGCACUGGCUGAAAUCAAGGAACUGCUGAAACAACAGAUAGAGGAAAUCGUGUUCUUGAAGAACACAGUCAUGGAGUGUGAGGCUUGUGGCAUGCGUUAUGACAAUCCGGAUCCAAAGCCCAAGCCUUCUUGCACUCCCAAUCCCUGCCACCCGGGUGUGGAGUGUGUUGAGACAGACAGUGGAAUCAAAUGUGGGUCGUGUCCUGAGGGCAUGGUGGGCAACGGCACCCACUGCACAGAGGUGGAUGAGUGUACUGUAUUGCCAUGCCACAUGGGUGUAAGAUGCAUCAACACAUCUCCUGGUUUCCGCUGUGGCCUCUGUCCUGCUGGCUUUACAGGCCCACAGGUGCAAGGAGUUGGACUUGCAUAUGCUAAAGCCAACAAACAGUUUUGUAAAGACAUAAAUGAGUGCGAAAUCUCAAACGGAGGCUGUGUGGAGAACUCCAUCUGUCAGAACACAGCGGGGUCUUUCCGCUGUGGACCCUGUAAGCCAGGCUUUGUUGGAGACCAGACACGGGGUUGUAAGCCAGAGAGGGCUUGUGGGAAUGGGCAGCCCAACCCCUGCCACGCCAGCGCUGAGUGUGUCGUCCACCGAGACGGCAACAUAGAGUGUGCUUGUGGAGUUGGUUGGGCUGGCAAUGGAUAUGUGUGUGGACCAGAUACAGAUAUUGAUGGAUUCCCUGAUGAGAAACUGCAAUGUCCAGAGAGAAACUGUGCUAAGGAUAACUGCCUCACUGUACCCAACUCUGGCCAAGAAGAUGCUGAUAGGGAUGGCAUUGGUGAUGCAUGCGAUGAUGAUGCAGAUGGAGACGGGAUCCUUAACAUAGAAGACAAUUGCGUUCUUGUUCCAAAUGUGAACCAGAAAAAUGCUGACGAGGAUGAUUACGGAGAUGCUUGUGACAACUGCCGGCUGGUUAAAAACAAUGACCAAAAGGACACCGAUCUUGAUGGCAAGGGUGAUGAAUGCGAUGAUGACAUUGAUGGUGAUGGUAUCAAAAAUGAAAAGGACAACUGUAAGAAGGUUCCUAAUCCCGACCAGAUUGAUCGAGAUGGUGAUAAUGUGGGCGACGCAUGUGACAGCUGUCCUUAUGUUCGCAAUCCUGAUCAGCUGGACAUGGACAAUGACUUGAUUGGUGAUCCUUGUGAUACCAACAAGGACAGUGAUGGAGAUGGUCAUCAGGACUCGAGAGACAAUUGUCCUGCAGUCAUCAACAGCUCUCAGCUGGACACUGACAAAGACGGCAAGGGGGAUGAAUGUGACGAUGAUGAUGACAAUGAUGGCAUUCCCGAUCUCCUCCCUCCAGGACCAGACAACUGCAGGCUCGUCCCCAACCCACUACAGGAAGACUGGAAUGGAGAUGGAAUUGGAAACGUGUGUGAAAAGGACUUUGACAACGACACAGUGGCUAACCCAAUUGAUGUGUGCCCUGAGAAUGCGGAGGUCACCCUCACUGACUUCAGAGCUUACCAGACUGUAGUGCUGGACCCAGAAGGAGAUGCCCAAAUUGAUCCAAACUGGGUGGUGCUCAACCAGGGGAGGGAGAUCAUUCAAACUAUGAACAGUGACCCUGGACUGGCUAUCGGUUUCACAGCUUUUAAUGGAGUGGACUUUGAAGGGACAUUUCAUGUAAAUACGGUAACAGAUGACGACUAUGCUGGGUUUAUAUUCGGUUAUCAGGACAGCUCCAGUUUUUAUGUGGUCAUGUGGAAGCAGGUAGAGCAGAUUUACUGGCAAGCUAAUCCCUUCCGAGCCGUGGCUGAACCAGGGAUCCAACUCAAGGCUGUGAAAUCAGACACAGGGCCUGGAGAGAACUUGAGGAACUCGCUGUGGCACACAGGCGACACCCCCAACCAGGUGAGGCUGCUGUGGAAAGAUCCGAGAAACGUUGGCUGGAAGGACAAGACAUCUUAUCGCUGGUUCCUGCAGCACAGACCUCAUGAUGGGUACAUCAGGGUUCGUUUUUAUGAAGGUACGCAGAUGGUUGCUGACACAGGAAUUAUUAUUGACACAACUAUGAGAGGUGGCAGACUAGGAGUAUUCUGCUUCUCACAGGAGAACAUCAUCUGGGCUAACCUACGCUACCGAUGUAACGAUACCCUUCCAGAGGACUUUGACACAUACAGAGCCCAGCAAAUACGGCUUUAAAUUUAACAUCAGGCACAGACCCAAAGUCAUUCUAUCCACCUCUUCGCAAUGACUUUAUUAGAUGACACCAACAGACUGUAAAUAAGUGUAAGAAGGUGUAUGCCUACAUGCUAAAUUGCAGUCAUUUUUGUGUUAAUUACCUCUGGGCACCUGUUCAUAAAGAUGAAUACUGGUAGUUUACUAGUUAUUACAUUAUGGCACAGUGUCAAAGUAAAUGUAUCAUUAUUGUAAAAGUGUUUUUUAUAGCUCUAUGUCAGUUGUGUCUAAGAUGUCUGGUCUACAAGUGGAGCAAUAAUUCAGUAAUGGAAAUAAACAUUGGGGUAUUGUCCAUUAGGGGUGGGCAAUAUGACAAUA